AUGGAUAAUCAACAAUUGGACUAUGCCAUCCUUUUUCAUCAUUGCAAUGAAGAUUCAGAAAACUAUUUAAGAACAAUAAGAAAUCGCUUGGCUUCAGGCAAAGAUGUACAACAAGCUGCCGGGGAGGCAGGUUUGUUCACACAAUUCCUUCCUGAGCAGCUUGCAGCUUCAGUUUCCCAAAAACCAUACACUUCUCUUCCUUGGCAAAUCCUUGCAAACUCUGUAGCUGGUGACUCGCCUUUACAGGAUGAGGCGUGGGCUUUCCUUACCAAAUUUCCUCCUAUACUACCUCUCCCAGUUACGAGUGCUCAAUUGGCUGCAUUUGAAAUUUCGAUUUGGUCCCUAAUACUAAAUAAUAAUAAGAGAUUAAGUCAGCUGUGUACCUCUCCUGCUGGCCUGUACUUACUCGAUAUCUUAGUUGAUCAGGAUCGUCAUCCAGAUUGGCAGAGAGAAAGCAUUCUUUUUCGUAUCAUCAGCCAUAUCUUGAGUAACGGUUAUGCAGAAAUCCUUAUUAAACGUGCAGUUCUAUUGGGAUUUCGAUCCAUCUAUUUUGCUGUCGAUGCCAUGAGCCGUGAACCGUUUGUUGCUGUGGAUUUAUCUUUGUUUCCCACUCUUUACCUAAUCACCCGCUUAAUUGCUAAACGGCUUCAUCAACGUGUUUCUUCCAUGGACAAAUCUAAUAUCUCAGAAGCUGACUUGACCGUCGUCACUUACUUAUCCGAGAGCUUCAAAUUGGUUAUUAGUCUUCUUUACACACGAUAUGAAAAACUUACUCUGAUACAUAAUGACUCAAACCAAAAAAUAGAUAUUGCUCAUGAAUUUCAACGGUACUACCAUGAUUCUUCGUUGGCCACGAAUGAAGUACUGCUUUUACUUGGUGUCCUUAAUCAGUGUAUUCCACGCAAGACUUUAGUUCAGAAAAUUCCUAUUCCUCCUGGAAGUUUCUAUGAUUUUUGUGAAGCUGUAGGAGGUGUUAAACGGGAAUGCGUUCAUUUCAUCACCUUUGCCGCGCAUUUAUAUCCGGCUACACAGGACGAUGUUCGAAACACAGACGGUGGUUUGUCAGUUAUACUGUCUCAAUGUAACAUUGAUGAUUUCAAUCCAUACCUCCGUGAAGUUACUGUCCUUUGUAUCCGUCAUCUAUUGCAAAACAAUCCCGAUAAUCAAGCAUUCAUUGCCAACUUGAACCCUGUAGGUAUUAGCAAAUCUGAGGUUUUGGAAGAAGCCGGCUAUGAUUCUCAAAUCGACGAUAAUGGGAAAGUGAAACUAGUACCUAAAAAUCGUCUUUAA